AAGUGAGCGGAGGGUGUUGUUGUUGUUGUUGUUGCGCGGAGGGAGGCCUCGGGGCCAAGAUGGCGGAGGGGCCGGUCUUCCGGUGCGGCCUGUGCGGGCGCAGCGCCUUCGUGGGCCGCAGGAGGCACCACUUCAGCGCCGGGCACCAGCGCCGCCUCCGGGGGACACUGGCCCGCCUCGCCCACAAAGUGGACGCGGCCCGGAAGAUGCUGAAAUGCGCUGAAGUGGUGCCCUAUGACCCAGCGGAGCACGAGCGGCAGUUCUGGUGCGCCUGCUGUGGGAAGGAAGUGCGGCGGCACCUGAGCCACGGGUCCCUGGCGGUGCUGCAUGGCGGCCUCCUGGAGCAUAUGGCCAGCCCCGAACACAAGAGAGGAGUCGCUGCCUUCUGGUGGGAGAACAAAGCCGACCCCAAACUGAAGGCAAAAUUCCUGGUGUCCCCUGAAGAAUAUGAGCUCUUCAAAGCGUCUCUCACCAAAGCGCUGGACGCUUAUGAAGAAAAAGAAGACGAGGCCAUCAAAGAGGAGGCGGCUCGCAUCCGAGAGGCAGAGCAGAGGCGCCAGGAGAUGCUGCAGGCCCUCUUAGAGCCACAGAGAGGGACGGAGUCCUGUGAUGGAGCAGCUGCUGCAGGCAAUGGCUUUACCAAGAAGCUCAGUGACUCUGCCUUUGCCACGGAUGAACAGGAACAGCCCCAGCCAAGCAGCAGCACCGUGCAUCAUGGAGGACAGCCUGGCUUCCUACACAGGAGUGACCCUGAGCCAGACUGGCUGGAGUCAAGGCAGCCUUUGACUUUCAUUGGCCACCAGGACGCAGCCAGCGGAGGCAACAUUCACACAGGUGCCAAACCCCCUUGGAUGAUGGAGGACGAGGAGGAGGCGGCAAGUCAGGGGCAGAUUGGGCCUUCUUAUGAGGAAUUUCUCAAGGAAAAAGAGAAGCAGAAGCUGAAGAAACUCCCUCCCAAUCGCGUUGGUGCCAACUUUGACCACACUUCGGAGACAGGAGAGGGCUGGCUUCCCUCCUUCGGACGGGUCUGGAACCACGGCCGGCGGUGGCAGUCCAGGCAUCAGUUCAAAGCUGAAGCAGGAGCCAAACCCCAAAGUAAAAGGAAGAAGCCGAAAACAGAGUGAGGGGAAGGGAAUAUCUCCUGUCUCCAGCUCCUCUGCUGUAUUCAAUGCACUUCAUUCAAUUGCAAAAAGAGAUGUAUCAAUAUUAUCAGUAGGAAAACCCAAGCAAGUUUUAAACUGUGGUUAUGGUUAGAUUUUAUAUUUACAGCUGUUUGAAGUUUUCUUUCUGCGACCAAUUAGCAUGUGUUUAACUAUUUAACUUGUAUUGAAAUUAUGUUGAGACUCCAGUGAACGUGUUUCCACAAGAGCCUCAAAGCAAAACUACAAUGUUCUCCCAGCCAACUUAAUUUGUUUCGCUCCACACGAUAAUGUAUUCUAUGCCUUUUAACUGUGCAAAUAAAGAUGUCACAACUUGUA